CAGCAAAUCACGUGAGCCACCAAAAUGGCGGUGUUCGGGUAUGAGGCUGGGGCCAAGCUGAGGGAUUCAGGUGUGGUGCCGGUGGGAACUGAGGAAGCGCCCAAGGAAAUGAAACACAAUUUCCAAAAUGAACUCAGUCUUUCAUGAGAAACUGAGGAUAGAGAUGUCAAUAAGCAGCCACUGUUUCCACCUCCCCACCUGAAGAGCUAGGAGGACAACUACAAAGGACCUGACUGCCUUGUCGGAAUGAGGAGAGAGGAAAACAGAAACAGAUAUCAAGAUGACAGCAUCUAUGCAUGGUCAACCCAGUCCUUCUCUAGAAGAUGCAAAACUCAGAAGACCAAUGAUCAUAGAAAUCAUAGAAAAAAAUUUUGACUAUCUUAGAAAAGAAAUGACACCAAAUAUAUAUCAAACGACGUCAUUUGGAACAACAGCUGGUUUCUCUGGAAUAUUCUCAAAUUUCCUGUUCAGACGCUGCUUCAACGUUAAACACGAUGCUUUGAAAACAUAUGCAUCAUUGGCUACACUUCCAUUUUUGUCUACUGUAGUUACUUACAAGCUUCUUGUAAUUGAUCCUUUGUAUUCAGAAAAUAUAAGCAAGGAAAACUGUGUUUUCAGAAGUUCACUGAUCGGCAUAGUUUGUGGUGUUUUCUAUCCCAAUUCUUUGGCUUUUACUAAAAAUGGACGUCUGGCAACCAAGUAUCAUACCGUUCCACUGCCACCAAAAGGAAGGGUUUUACUCCAUUGGAUGAGGCUUUGUCAAACACCAGUGAAAUUAAUGGUGAUUCCACUAGUCUUUCAGAUUAUGUUUGGAAUAUUAAAUGGUCUACACCAUUAUGCAGUAUUUGAAGGGACACUUGAGAAAACUAUACAUGAAGAGUAACCAAAAAAAAUGAAUGGUUGCUAACUUAGCAGAAUGAAGUUUUUAUAAAGAGGACUCAGGCAUUGCUGAAAGAAUUAAAAGUAACUGAACAGAUAAUUUGUUUCUGUGCCUUUUGCCUGGUAUAGCAAAUACUCAAAAAAUAUUCAAUAAUUCAAUCAAUAAAUACAAGUUUCAUCUUACAUGUAAGAUAUAGGUUUUAUCUCCUGAUGGUGUGUCCAUUUUGCCUGGUAUGUAACAGAUAAUAAAUAUUCAGUAUCAAUAAAUAUAAUAAUAAAAGUUUCAUGUUUC